AGCAUCAAAGCCAGGACUUUAAUCACGCUUCAAACAAUUCAUCAUCAGUUAUUUCGCAACCUAAUUGUUCAUACAGUCUUUCGUAAUUUAUAAAGUCCUAAUCUGGAUCAGUCUGCUUUCCUAUGUGAAUGCAAAUAAAUGUGUUACAUAUAUCUACAAUACUUCCGCGUGCUGGUGUUUUGCAGUAUACACGCUCAAUGGCCCGAGGCUUGACAACAAACUGCCGUGGAUGUUUUUCCCCGUUAUUGAUCUGUCGCCAAAACUCCUCCUAUUCGUACAAACUAACGUGAGGCCGCGGAGCUCGUACAGGUAAACUGUAAAUAUUUGAAGUUGGGCCGGCUGACAAAUAAAUGCGUUAAGACAACGAACCAUGCUCGAGCCUGAGAGUGGAGUUCUUUGUGAGGCUAACAGACAAAGAAUUGCUUGCUAAAUGCUUUAAACAUUUCUGAAAAUACCCACACAAAUCGGUUGGUUACAGUGCAUUUGUCAAAGGCGAAAAUCGAACGAAACCCGCUGCAAGAGCACAACGCAUGCAUCAGGAGUGGAAGGUGAUUUUUUGAAGGCUUCCCCGAGUGCAACAUCAGGGGCGACAGCAGCAGUAGGGUGAUAGGAACUCAACCUUCAGCAGCAGCAACAUCAACGGCGGAUCUCGAGUCAAAGGGAGUGUCAUUGAACACCUAGGUCGCGGCGAGACCCGCAGUUUACAAUAAUCAGAUGUUGGAUAACGGAUUAGUAACAUCGUUCUUUUGUAGGACAUCCGCGCGACACUGAAAAUAUCUUUUUAAGCACGCAGCACGUUUGUUUGAACAGGUUAAACGCAUUCAGUAGCAGCCACUAUAGAGACGAGGCCACUAUAGAGACGGGGCGAGCUAGAUAGGGUGAAUGAUAUAAUUGGACCAACAGAUAGUGUUUAGUGUUAUCAUUGCACUGAUCCUGUCAGGUCGCUCCUGGCUCACUUGAAUCAACAGUUAACAAGUUCGUGGUCGCGAGCGGCACGUACGACCAGUGGGAGGAGGAAGGGUUAGCGUGGUCGCACUCGGUCAGUCGCUGUGCUAAGUCACUCAGUCUAGUUGUCUCGUAUAGUUUAGUGACGACAAGCUUGUUAAUACUUCCACAAUCCAGUCUGAUUCUGUGUUGUGAUGCGGUGAGAACAAUAUCGCAGUGCACCCACAUUCCAGACGUAUCAUAAAUAGGUGUGCACACUUCCGUCAUCACUCAGUAUCUGCGAGUUUGAUGUGUCACUAACUCUCUCACAAACAUGGUCGUGCUGGCGGGGAAGGAUGAGCUGUUCUGCUCGGUUUUCAUUGGGUUCGUUCCUCUUUUGCUGACGUUGUUUGCACGUGCAGUGUCUGGUCAUGGUCGACUGGUGGACCCUCCGUCACGAUCCAGUAUGUGGAGAUACGGUUUUAAAACGCCGCCUAAUUACGAUGACAACCAACUGUACUGUGGAGGAGUUUCCAUUCAAUAUGCUCAAAAUGGCGGGAAAUGCGGUGUUUGUGGUGAUCCAUGGCAAGGACCACACGAAAAUGAGCCUGGUGGGAAAUACGCAAAUGGGAUUAUUGUGAAAAAAUACAAACCGGGUCAAAUAAUGGAGGCUGGAGUUCAGCUGACAGCCAAUCACAAGGGGUAUUUCGAGUUUCGUCUCUGCCAAAAUGACAUUCCUUUCCAAAAGAUAACCCACAACUGCUUGGACGAACACGUGCUCCGAUUGGCGGGGACGGAGGAGGUGCGGUUCAAAGUUCCCGGCAAUGUGGGGGGCGACCGGGUGAUCCGCGUCAAGCUCCAGCUGCCUAAAGACGUCAAGUGCUCGGCUUGCGUCUUCCAGUGGAAGUACAACGCCGGAAACAGUUGGGGAACAAACCCGGACGGAACCUCGUGCAUCGGCUGUGGCAAGCAGGAACAGUUCUACGGCUGCGCGGAUAUUGCGAUCGGCCACGACGAAGUGCACGUGGGCUCCGUGCCGCCUAAACACCCGUGGUACUCAGAGCCCCGGGACCCGAACUGGCACUGGGGGAUCGUGUCCAGCAACAAUGACGACGACGACCCCUUUGACUCCGGGGCGACACCUUUCUGCGGAGGCCGCGUUGGAACGACGCUCCUACUAGUGACCGUGCUGGAACUACUUCUUUCGUGAAAUUAAUACGCUGCAUCAAAUUGUUAUACUAAUACUUCAGAGUUUUUAUAUAUAUAUAUAUAUAUAUAUAUAUAUAUAUAUAUAUAUAUAUAUAUGUGUGUGUGUGUGUGUGUAUGUGUGUGUGUGUGUGUGUGUGUGUACGUGUAUGUGUGUGUAUGUGUGUGUGUGUCUUGGAACAGUUUGAUUGUCGAUAACCAGGUGGAACAAAUGGUGACCCAUUAUACAACCAGCAAUAACACGUCGCAGAUCACCACACCUGGCAGCCUCAACACGUUUAGUAGUUCAUAACAAACACGUUUAGUAAUUCAUAGCGAACACGUUUAGUAGUUCAUAACAAACACGUUUAGUAGUUCAUAGCGAACACGUUUAGUAGUUCAUAGCAAACACGUUUAGUAGUUCAUAGCAAACACGUUUAGUAAUUCAUAACAAACACGUUUAGUAGUUCAUAGCAAACACGUUUAGUAGUUCAUAACAAACACGUUUAGUAGUUCAUAACAAACACGUUUAGUAGUUCAUAGCGAACACGUUUAGUAAUUCAUAGCGAACACGUUUAAUAAUUCAUAGCGAACACGUUUAAUAAUUCAUAACAAACACGUUUAGUAGUUCAUAGCGAACACGUUUAGUAAUUCUUAACAAACACGUUUAGUAGUUCAUAACAAACCCGUUAAUAGUUCAUAGCAAACAUGUUUAGUAGUUCAUAGCAAACAUGUUUAAUAAUUCAUAGUGAACACGUUUAAUAAUGCAUAGCGAACACGUUUAAUAAUUCACAGCGAACAUGUUUAGUAGUUCAUAACAAACACGUUUAGUAAUUUAUAGGGCACACGUUUACUAGUUCAUAACAAACACGUUUAGUAGUUCAUAGCAAACACGUUUAAUAAUUCAUAGCAAACACGUUUAAUAAUUCACAGCGAACACGUUUAGUAGUUCAUAACAAACACGUUUAGUAGUUAUAACAAACACGUUUAGUGAUUCAUAGCAAACACGUUUAGUAGUUCAUAACAAACACGUUUAAUAAUUCAUAGCGAACACGUUUAAUAAUUCAUAACAAACACGUUUAAUAAUUCAUAGCGAACACGUUUAGUAGUUCAUUACAAACACGUUUAAUAAUUCAUAGCGAACACGUUUAGUAGUUCAUAACAAACACGUUUAAUAAUUCAUAGCGAACACGUUUAAUAAUUCAUAACAAACACGUUUAAUAAUUCAUAGCGAACACGUUUAGUAGUUCAUUACAAACACGUUUAAUAAUUCAUAGCGAACACGUUUAGUAGUUCAUAACAAACACGUUUAAUAAUUCAUAGCGAACACGUUUAAUAAUUCAUAACAAACACGUUUAAUAAUUCAUAGCGAACACGUUUAGUAGUUCCUAACCAGCACGUUCAGUAGUUCAUAACAAACACGUUUAGUAGUUCAUUACAAACACGUUUAAUAGUUCAUAAUAAACACGUUUAAUAAUUCAUAACAAAUACGUUUAAUAAUUCAUAACAAACACGUUUAGUAAAUUAUAAGAAACACGUAUGGUAAUUCAUGUAUGUAUAUAAUAGGUAAUACUUAAUAUAUUGGAUAUCCUAUAAACUACUGGAAUCGGACUGUCUUCGUAGCACAUCCCGGUGGAUACGUUUUGCGGGAAAUUAUUUUAUUAAUGAGUAUUGUCUGAGAACGUGUCGAUUACGUAUAUUGUCUGGGAACAUGUCGAUUACGUAUAUUGUCUGGGAACAUGUUGAUUACGUAUAUUGUGGGAACAUGUUGAUUACGUAUAUUGUCUGGGAACAUGUCGAUUACGUAUAUUGUCGGGGAAAAUGACGAUUACGUAUAUUAUCUGGGAACAUGUCGAUUACGUAUAUUGUCUGGGAAUAUGUCGAUUACCUGUAUUGUCUAGGAACAUGUCGAUUACGUAUAUUGUCUGGGAACUAGUUAAUUACGACCUGUCACAUUCACAGAUGAAAAGUUAUCAUUUUGAUAUAAAUUGUACAAAAACAGCUGGCGGUAGUGAUCAAGUCUGUCAGAUGUACAGAUAUUGUGUAGUUUGCUUUGUAUCGCAAAAACACGGAGGGAUAUAAUUGGGGGUGGACUUUAGGUAUGGUUGUACAUGUAGUUAUAUUCGGAACGACAAAACAAGUCUCAACUGAUCGAGACUCCAUAACGUCGCUCUCUUGUACGACCGAGGUAUGAUUCGUGGACUCCGUCAAUGCUUUCCGACAGGACUCGCUUAAUUUUAAAGAUCUAAAUCUGGAGAAAUUUCAGAUAUCACAUUUUCUCUGUGUUCUAUUGUUGUAAACGACUAGACUGAUCUUGGCGCUUAAUGUAAUGAAUGUGACGGGUGAAAAACCAGUCAAUUCGAAAGUGGCUCGUCUAGACAACUUCCCUUUUAAUUUGCGACAUGUAAAAUGUAACACUGGUAGCAAUAUGUUUAUGUUCGAUGUACUGGCCCGUGCUUAUAAACCUUAAAGUCUAGACUUUAAUAAAGUGCUUAUAAACCUUAAAGUCUAGACUUUAAUAAAGUGCUUAUAAACCUUAAAGUCUAGACUUUAAUAAAGUGCUUAUAAACCUUAAAGUCUAGACUUUAAUAAAGUCCAGACGUUAACGUCAUGGCAACGCCAUUCAAAUAGCAUUUCGUUAAAGUCUGGACUUUAUUAAAAUCAAGACUUUAAGUUUUAUAAGCACGGGCCAAGUAGCAACGAUACUCCACUUAUUGGGAAGUGUGUGGUCAUCUGUGUAAUAUGACCUUGUCAACAGAUUUGUAGGUUUGUAUUGAAUUUGAACUACAAAUCGAUAGUCGAUAGGACAUGUUGACAAUGUGUGAUUGUUGUGAUUGAUUAUUUGAUUAAAUAAAAGGUUAAUGACGUAAGAUAUUGGCUUUAUCCUGUGUAGGUAGGAAUACGGAACUACACGAGACUUGCCGAGCUGAAUUCCCCAUCCGUCUUGAACAGGAUAAAGCCAAUAUCCUACGUCAUUAACAUGUUAUUGUUUUUAUUCUGCAACUCUGAGUGAGAAAAUCAAUUGUAUUCCUAGCUCAAUCUAAACAACAAACACGUUUUUGUAUAAUUUCAUUAAAAUGAUUAAUGACU